UCAUCGAUACAUUUGCUUCGCCUUGCACUGGUUCAUAUUUCGACACGAGCUUCGAAGCAGGAGGGUCGGAGGUAACAACACUACGAUCCACCAGAGUCCCUGGACGUCUGGAUAAACCUGCGACGGACUUUUUCUGGAUAUUUUCCCUCUGAAUCAUCUCCCGGUAGCAUGCUACGCUAUUGAAGUUAGCUUAACAUGCUAGCUGGAAACAGACUCAAAUUAGCAACACAGCGCUAGUCCGAGAUUAAACAGUUUUUAACAGAGGAAGCGUGUCUGUGAUUCAGUGAAGAUGUCUAAUGUCCAAAUGCUGAGAUGUUUAGUGAAGCAGCGACUCACUGCGGCUGCUGAAGAGAUAUUUGGGCUGUUUGAAAGAACGAUAGCAGAGUACGAGGAGGAAACUUCUAGAUUAAAAGAGGACAACGAGCGACUAAAGAAUCGUCUGCACCAUGUUUCCAACCCGGAGGUCCGCAGACAAAGAGCAGCUACAGAUGUUCAGCAGCUGUUUCUGCCUAAAGAAGAGCAGCAGGAGAACCCGGAGCCCCCCCACAUUAAAGAGGAACCAGAGGACCCAGAGCCCCCCCACAUUAAAGAGGAGCAGCUUCGAGGGCUGGAGGGGGCUGACAUAAAGGUCUCGUUCACUUGUGUGAAGAGUGAAGGUGAUAUAGAGGAAGUUUGGUCCUCACAUCUUCAUCAUAGACCAACUGAACAAAUGGUGACAGAAGGUGGUGGAGACGACAGUGGAGGGCCAGAACCAGACAGGAACUCAGGUCCAGAUUUUCCUCCAGAACCAGAUAGUGAUGAGAAGACUGGAGACUCUUCUGAACCUGAGACUGAGGACAGUGAUGAUUGGAAUGAAACCAGAGAACCUCAAUCAGGUUUAAACUCUCAUAAUAAUGGUUCCGUCAGUGAUUCAAGAUCUAGAACAAGCGAGAAACAUUUUAUCUGUUCUGAAUGUAAGAAAGCAUUUGGUUCCAUUAAAAAGCUGAAGAGACAUAUGCUAACCCACAAAUCAGAGAAACCUUUCAGCUGCUCAGAGUGUGGUAAAUAUUUCACCACAAGUGGACAUCUAAAGACACACAGGAGAUGUCACACAGGGGAGAAACCUUUCAGCUGCUUACAGUGUGGUAAAUGUUUCAGUAUAGGUGGAAAUCUGAAAAGACACAUGAGAUGUCACACAGGGGAGAAACCUUUCAGCUGCUCAGAGUGUGGUAAUUGUUUCACUGAAAGUGGGAGUCUAAAGAGACACGUGAGAUGUCACACAGGGGCGAAACCUUUUAGCUGCUCAGAGUGUGGUAAAUGCUUCACUAGAAAUGGAGAUCUGAAGUCACACAUAAGAUGUCACACAGUGUAAAAUCCUUUCAGUGGUAAAUGCUUCUCUAAAAUCUGAAAGUCCAUGAGAAGAAUAUUUUCCGGAUAUCACUUUCAGCUAAAAGUAUUAGAUUUAGAUUCAACUUUGUCAUUACACAUGUACAUGUUCAGAGCAACGAAAUGCAGUUUGGCAUCGAACCAGAAGUAUCAUAAUAAAAAACAGUAUAUACAGAUUAUUGCCUGAUCUGGUACUAUCGACAGAUGAAAUUUACAUUAAAUGAUGCAGAUAUAAACAAACUAUCUGUGGUUGCUAAACUGGUGCAAAUAUUCAGUGCAUAUUGACUUGAGAGUGCAAAGAAAUGUUCUAAAGUGUCAUCAAUGCAGAUAGUGGUGUAAUGGGGAUCAGAGGGGGGGAAGAGUUCAAAAACAGCUCGGUGGAAAAAGCUGUUCCUCAGACGGCUGGUCCUUGACCGUAAGCUGCUGAAGCGCCUGCCUGAAGGCAGGAGGGAGAACAGUCUGCGAGCAGAUGCUGCAUGCUCGACGCAGACAGCGUUUCUACUGGACCGCCUCGAUGCUUUGGAUUGGAGUGCCUGUGAUGCGUUUUCUCACCACUCGUUACAGUCUCUUGCGCUCCGCGACAGAGAAGCUGCCGUACCACACUAUGACACAGGUAGUAAGGAUGCUCUCGAUCACUCAGCGGUAGAAAUUCCUCCGGGUGGUUGAAGACCGAUGAUUUUUCUUCAGUGUCCUCAGAAAGAAGAGGUGCUGGUGAGCUUUCUUGACGAGGCUGGACGUGUUGGUAUUCAAGAACAGGUCCUCCGAGAUGUGGGUCCCCAGGAACUUGAAGCUGGAGACACGCUUGAUGGCCAUCCCGUUGAUGUGGAUGGGGACAUGCGUGCUUCUUUUCAUCUUCCUGAAUUCCACGAUGAGCUCCUCGGUUUUGCUGGUGUUAAAGAGCUGGUUAUUGUCGGCGCACUUCCUGGCCAGGUGCUGUACCUUCCCUGUAGGCUGUCUCGUCGUUAUUACUGAUGAGACUAGGGUUGUCUCGAUACCAAAAUUAUGACUUUGAUACUAUACCUGCCAAAAUAUUAUGGUACCAGAUACUUACGAUACCACAAAUACGAAGCUGGAAGAUUUAUCUAUGAUAGUAAUUAACAAAACAUCAGUAAGAUAUAGAGUUUGAUAUUCUCACAUUCAUAUUUCCUUAACUAAAGAUAAAAAAUAAUUAGAUGAAGAUCCACUCAGGCUCCACCAGCCUGUAGCCUAUUGCAUCAAGUGUGUAUUAUUUGGUACAAUUUUGUGUGCAUUCUCACUUCUGCAUUCUGUAAGUUAUUUUGCAUGUAUAUAUUUCUGCUUGACUAUCCAGUAACUUAUUUGUGAUCUUGCUUUGUCUUGUGUUGCACUUUCAUUAAGUGUUUGACUGUUAGCAAAAUUGUUGUCAAGCUAGCCAACAAAGCUACAGGGCUGCCAACUCUCUCGCAUGUUUUCAUGCACUCACGCCACACAUCCAAUUUCUUACGCUAAAAAGUAUCUGCGCUGGUUCAUCCCCAACCUCGCCGACUAAACAACGCAUCUGUAACCUGAUUCUCUGCACGUAGCGUAACUUACACCCCCUCGUAAGCCAUAACGUUCACGCCUGACAAAAUCUCACUACAAGGUUUUGUGAAAAGUUGGCAGCUCUGUAGCUCACAAUAACAUUACAAAGAAGCCAACGCGAGAGCACUUAAUACAAGCAUAAAUGUCCAAGCAUGUUAUAACAAGCUUGCUAACGAGAUGUCUUGCUAGCGGCUAAACUUUGUUUAUGACAAACUAACAAGUCAACAAUUUUUCAAACACCAAGCAAGGUCAACACAAGACAAAGCAGACGUCCUCUUUUACCUGGACAUUUCCACUUUUCGAGACCUAAAAAAUGCAUCCGGGUAAAAGAGGACGUCUGGUCACCCGAGCUAAGCUAGUCCAAGGCUACUCGUGUUUGGCUGUAAUAUGGAUGAGCAGUCUGCUACAUGAGGGCACGUCUCCCCUGAUAACUCGCUGUGAGUGUCUGCUGCCUGUUGCAUGUGUGAGCGCAGCCCUGCAGUCAAUGCGUGCAGGCAGCCUGACAGGGAGCGGAACAGUGCGCUCUGAUUGCGUGCUUUUUUUAAAGAACUGGUAUAAAAAAAAAUUCUAAACCAUAUUGUUUUCAACGGUUCCUUUCUAGUACCGGUACACUGUGCAACACUAGAUGAGACCAGAUCGUCUGCAAACUUGAUGAUGGAGUUACACACACGGGCUUGCAGUCAUGGGUGAAGAGGGAGUAGAGGAGUGGGCUUGGUUCUUUCAUGACUUUAUUAUGGGUUAACAGAAAAAGUGAAAAUACACAUUCAGUGCUAAUAUUUGGUUACAUGUCCCAUGGCCAUUUUUGGUAGCCAUCCACAAGCUUCUGGCAAGCUUCUCGUUGAAUCUUUGACCACUCCUCUUGACAGAAUUGGUGCAGUUCAGUUAAAUUAGAUGGCUUUCUGACAUGGACUUGUUUCUUCAGCAUUGUCCACAUGUUCUCAAUAGGAUUUAAGUCAGGACUUUGGGAAGGCCAUUCUAAAACCCUAAUUCUAGCCUGAUUUAGCCAUUCUAUUACCACUUUUGAUGUUGAUGUUUGGGGUCAUUGUCCUGUUGGAACACCCACCUGCGCUCAAGACCCAACCUUCGGGUUGAUGAUUUUAGGUUAUCUUGAAGAAUUUGAAGGUAAUCCUCCUUCAUUAUCCCAUUUACUCUGUAAAGCACCAGUUCUGUUGGCAGCAAAACAGCCUCACAGCAUAAUGAUUCUUCUAAUUCUUGGCAGAUCUGCUUUUUGGUGCUUCUCCGUUGACUCUUCACCCUCCUGAGCAAUUUUCUCUCAGCAGCAGGUGAUCGCUUGCGUUUUCUUCCUGAUGGUGGCAGUGACAAAACAGUGCCAUGCACUUUAUACUUACAAACAAGUGUUUGCACUAUUGCUCUUGGGACCUGCAGUUGCUUUGAAAUGGCUCCAAGUGACUUCCUGACUUGUUCAAGUGAUUCGCUUUUUCAGAUCCAUGCUGAGCUCCUUUGACUUUCCCAUUGUAGCGUUUGAGCCCUAAUUUAAAUGGCCUCAGAGAAGUCACCAGCUGUAGUCACUCAUAAUCACUCACAAUAAGUUAAGAGGCCAUGCUAUGAAGCUCAUUUCAUUGACACAACUUUCUCAGUCACCAAAAUUGCCAAUACAUGUUGCUGUAUGUAUAUUUUUGACCCAGCAGAUUGUCACUUUUUCUGUUAACCCAUAAUAAAGUCAUAAAAGAA